CAGCACAAAGUGAAUGGAAAAUCUGUUCUUGUAGUAACAACAUUAGAGCCUUCCUUGACGCACGCGCCGGUACGUAGUGUUUUGCUUUAACAUUCAUUUAACAUUUCGGUGUAAUAAGAUUUAACCUAGUGCAUGCGUAGAGUAAAUUCUCAGUCAUUUGUGAUAGUUCACAAUAACAUGAAGUCAUCCCCGAUCAUAGUCUUCUUCGCUGCAGCUUUAUCUCUGGCCUGUGCGGCACCACAAUUCAUUACAUUUCAAGAUGGAAAGUUAGGAGUUAACUUUGCUGGCUAUCAUGCAGGAGUCGGAGUUGGUGGAUUAUUGGCUAAUGGAACUCUUGGAGGACUGUACGCAGAGGCUGGUACGCCCACAGGACAAUCAGCUUCAGCCGGACUCGGCGGUGUAGUGAACAAGUACGGGCACGCUACAGGAGGACUGUUCGCUGGAGCGACUGCAGGUAACAAUAUUCAAGCCGCUGCAGGACUUUCUGGUGGGCUCGACUCUGAAAACUCAGCUGGAACCGGCUUCGCCACAGCUCAAGCCGGAAACCGUAUAACUUCCUCAGCACUGGGUGGACACGCUGGUGUUGAAGGAUCAUCAGGAUUCUCUUACAGCGGUAAAGAAGUAUCCGUUAUACCAGCACAUAAUGUUGAAGCCGGAUUUAAUGUUAACGCAAAUGUAAAUGAAGUACAACCUCUUCCCGAAUCCCGGGUUGAGAUUCAUAAAACUUUUAUUAAAGAGAGAGCCCCACCUCCAGUUAUUGUCAAAGAAGUUAUUGUAGAAUCCCCACCUCCGCCACCGCAUGUUGUUGAAAAACACGUAAUCCACACUCACUACAAGCACAAACGCCCGCAUCUACGUAAAACUGCGUUUGUCAGCGGCUACAUCGGCGGAGGCAACUUACAGCCAGCCGAGACAGUAGUUUACCAAUCAGAACCGGCUCUAGACAAACGAGUAGACGUUAGUGUAGAGGCUGCAGCUGCUUCUGGAGUAAAUGCUAAUCCGCAUGUAGGAGGAGGAAUCAAAAAUGUUUAUAGAAAAGAAGUAUCUAUUCAAAGGAAUCCUACAUUCUUUAGUGAUAUUUUCAAUAUACCCAUAUCUACACUGAAAGCUGUAGGCAAUUUCCUCGGAAAUACAGCAUCGAAUACAAACAUAUCUGUACAAAAGUCGGCUUCCGUUGAAACAGGAACUCACUCUGAGCUGAAACAUUAUCCAUCUUCAUCAUCAUCAUCUUCAUCAUCACACGUCUCAGUACAGACACCAACUGCAUCUAAAUUUAUUGAUGACAUACUAUCUAUUCCCAUAAGCACCUUGGGAGCCGUAAACCGGUUUCUUGAAAAUAACGUUGCAAGGAAAAGCGUUCAGGUGACCCAGGAAGCUGAUGUUGCACCGUCAAGAAUCAGAAGGGUUCCACAUGGUCGCAGAAGAGCUAAUAAGGUCGUCGUUGAAGAAUAAUAUGCUAGUAAAAAAUAAUCUUUCACACAAGUUAAGUAAACGCAAUGUGUAAUUGUGUCAAUAGUAAGUGCAUGUGUACCAAUAUUAAAUUUUGAAUUUUCACCGUCUUUUGUAAAUAAAUAUUAUACGAUGAUAA